GUGUGCGCCUCCAUCAUCCUCAUUGAAAACUCGGCACAGGCAUGGCCGCCUCUAGUCUCAACUCCAUCAGGGUAAGAUUGUACUUCGAGUAUCCUCCUCCUGCGACACCUGAGUGUCGGAUGUGUUGGUUGUUGGUGGAUUUGAACAAAUGCCGAGUGGUCGCAGACCUGUCCAGCAUCAUAAAGGAAAAGUUCGGUUACAGCCGUAAGACCCUCUUAGACCUGUUCAUUGAAGAUUGUUACCUGACCACCACAGAAAAUAUCUAUAUAGUACGUGACAAUGACAGUAUACGGGUAAAGGUGUCCAGUUGUGUUUUUGUUAAUGGUGGUGAGGCUUACCAGAACGUUGAAACUCACAACUCCAAGGGUAAGAAAAGAGGAAGAGAGGAUGAGGUGCAGGUCUGUGCUACCCAAGCUUCAAGUAAGAAACAAAAGCAAGAAGAUGCUCAGAUCAAUGGCUCUGCACCAGCAGAUACUGGCAAGAAAAAGAAGCAUAAGAAAAAGAAAAAAAAACAGAAGUCUGCCAACAAUCCUAGCACACCUCAAAAGACUAUUCAACUUAUAGAGCAAGCCAACUCGUCUAGCAAAACCAACAAAAAAAACACUUCCAGUGUCUCAACCAGUGACAAAUCAUCGAGAACAAAGAAUCAGGAGUUAAGUUCUUCAGACAGCAGUGAGGAGGAGUCUCAAAGUAAGCCUUCUCCACCAAAACCUAAGCAGACUGGCAUUGCCAAGAAUGGCACUGUUGCUACAAGGAAAGAAGCCUCAUCAUCAGACUCCUCCGAUGGUGCAGUUAAACCAUCAACCAGCAAAAGCAACAUCCCUGUUACACCUAAACCUGUUCCACUUCCUAAACUGUCAACCUCUGUAAUAUCUAAAAUUCCUAUACAAACACCUAAACAAAGAAAGAGCUCAACCGAUUCAUCCUCCUUUUCUUCUUCUUCUUCUUCAUCACCCAGCCAAGUCAAACCCUCCGCUAAGAAAUCACAGGUACCAGGUCAACUCCCCUCAACCACGCAAAAUUGUCCUGAUCUGUCUGUUUCUGCCUCUGGUUCUAAAAAGCCCCAGAAUGAGACCGAGAGCUCCGACUCAGAUGCCAGUGAAAUAGAGCUUGUGAUUAAGAAACCAAAUUUUCAAGGAAUGGGGUUGAACAUAGCUGGUUUGAGAUCAAGUACUGGUGAAUCAGCAGGGAGGACCAGAGGUAACACGAGCGGCCAGGAGAGAGGCAGAGGUCGCGGUGGGAACAGAGGCAGUGGGAGAGGAGGCUUUGGUAGGGCCAGGGGAACACCUUGGAAACAAGACCUGCAUUACAACUAUGAGAAUGAAGAACAGCUGAAACGAAGAGAUUUACUGAUUAAUGACAGUUUUAUAAUACAGAAUCCUCCAGAACCUGAACCAGUCCCCCGAAGAGACUACACGACUUUGCCCUUACUCGCAGCACCCCCUGCAGUGGGCCAAAAGAUUGCCUUUAAGCUUCUGGAGUUGACAGAAAACUACACACCCCAUGUGUCUGAAUAUAAAGAAGGGAAGAUUAUCGCAAUCCAUCCUCAGACAAAUAUGAUAGAGCUUGAACUGCUCUCACAACGUCAAGCCCCAGCUGAACCUGGGAAGUUUGACCUGGUGUAUGAGAACCCUGAUGGAUCUGAGAGAGUAGAAUAUGCUGUCACACAUGGAUCACAGCUGACGGAGCGUUGGGAUUCUCUUCUGGAGCCCCGGCUCAUUGUGGAGAAUGAGAGAUGAAAAUCUGAUAAUACAAGUCUGAGCCAGAGCCAUGCAGUUAUCGUCAAUCUUUUAUUGUUGUCAAAUUUUUACAUCUGGUUUCAUUGUACAAUUUUUUUUAUGUGAUUUCUUAAUUUCAGCGAAAUAAAUAGUUUUUA